AUGGGAAGAAUCGACAGACUCAUAAAGGGCAAAGAUAUAUGUCGAUCAGCGGUUGUAAGAAUAGCUAACGGAAAAGAGCUUGUGAGAACAGUAGAACACCUCUAUCCUUUGGAGAUUUGCUUACCCAUGUUUGGGGUACUACACACUAAAGAAGGAGAAACAACCCUCAGUUUUUGUCGCGGUUCAAGAAAAUCGGCAACACAAGGGAUUUCAGAUAACCAAAAAUCAAAUUAUUUGGUGUCCUGUUUAAAGGGAAGUGCUUUACAAGCGGUAGGAAGCUACGAAAGAGCGGCGAAAAGUGAUGAAGUCGUAGGGGGAGUGUUAAUAGGAAAAUUUGGGGAGUUGUCUACGAGGAAAAAGUCGCUCUACUAUGAGUUGAGUUCUAUACAACGAAGUAGCCGGGAAUAG